CUUUAAUACACCUUUUGACGGAGCUUGUACACCGAUACCCUCAUCACGAACAAUCAUCGUUUCUUAAAAAGGCCUUGCAUAGUUUAGAACAUGAAGAAGAAGAAGAAGAUGGUAACAAAGCGCAUCCCCAUUAUCAUAUGCUGAUGAACUUAUCAUUUAUACUAGAUUUUUUUCAGGAUGCAUCAGAUAUUGCAGAGUUUGAAUUACAGGAAAACUUUUUAAAUCAUAUUGAAGCAGAUCAAUUAAGACGACAAGACAUUUAUUCACCACCAUCAACACCGGCUUCUGCACAGACCAAAGCGGCGUACAAUCAUCGACAUCACAGUGUAUCUAGUCACACAGAGUAUCCAAUCACACCCAUCACAUCACCUGGACAAAAUGCAAUGACGGGACAAUGGGUGUCUACCCAGUUACAAGAACAAAAUGCCUAUGCUCAUCCUAUGGAUUUCUUACAACAUGGAGACGGUGUAUCGCAGGCCGAUACCCUUGAUCGAGAAGUUGCAGCAGCCACAGCCAAUUUAACCUUGUCCUCACCCCGCCAAUCUCCGUAUUACAUCAAAAAGAAGCACUCACAUACAUCCAGUGUCUCUAAAAAGAGUGUCUCCAAAAAGGACAGUCAUCGUGCGUUAGAGAGAUUACAGACAGAAGUGACGGCUUUAACAGAGCAGAUUGAUCGAAUGAGACGACAACAAAAGGAUGAAACGACCUUUACUAAAGUGGUCAAGGUGUUGUUAAAACAUUUAAUGGCAGAUUCGGCUAUUUUUCUGAUAGCAUUUUAUAUCCUGUGGAAAAGAAAGUCACCUUUGGCCUACUCAUUGAUAAAUGCUAUCAUGCCCUUCUUACAAGAUAUCAUUCGUAGCAUCAUACGUAAAGUCGUCUUUUGGAAAAUCACUGUUUAAAUUUUCAUGCAAAUAAAAAUCCCCUUACCUCCA